AUGAACUCAGGGAAUGAUCCUUUUCAGGCAGAAAACAUCUCUCAGGAUGGCAGCUGUGAAAAUUUCAUGUCUAAGGUCCGAAGUAUGAUUUCCGCUAACUAUGAUGAGAGUUCUUUGCCUGACUCUUUGUCAUGCAUGCUGUAUGAUGAAAAGGCCUGCAACAGUGAGCACAGUUCUUUUGCUCGUGACAGCCCUAGCUGCACAGAUAUCAGCAGCAAUGCUACCAAAGUGGCAGAGGGCAAAACAGAUGGGGAUGAAGACCUCUCUAGCUGUGAUGCUGAGACCAUACGAGAGUCCACCUACUUGGAUCAUUUGCAGUUUGGCAGUGAUCAGUUGGAAGGUCAACAUAUAGGACAGGAGCUUUCAGAGAAGGAGGCAAAGCCUUCUGAGAGUUUUGUUCAGGAAACCUGUAAUGCCCUUCAGCAUAUGGAAAAUCAGUAUAUUAGCCCAAAAGCAGUUCCGUUUGAAAGAGAUGGUAUGGAGAGUGUUCUGAGCAUAGGGGUCUAUGGUCCAAGUCUUCAUAAUUUUGAUAUUAAAGUACAACCCGAGAAGAGAUUGAUGGGCUUAUUGCAUGAAAAGAGUUUGGAGGAGAAAUUAAUACAGAGCCAAAGCCAUAGUGAAGAGGAGGAGGAGGAGGAGGAGGAGGAGGAGGAUCAUCUGGAAACCGUAGCUGACAUUGGGAAAGAUAGAGGAAAAGCCAAAUGUAGCACACAGGAGGAACAGAAACACAAUUCAUGUAUUCUCACCACUCUGGAUGCAUUAAUGGAAGAAAGGAAUAAGGUCCUAGUUGAAUCAGUCUCAAGUGAGCUGGCAGCAUCCAAAUAUGAUAGUGAGCCAGGGAUGGGUGAGGAUGAUCAAGUUGAAUGUGAAACCCUUGAGGAGCACACCCCAAGCUUGCAGGAGAUUCAGACCUGUCAUCACCACUACCACCACUCUGCAAGAAGCCAGGCUUCAGCAAUUCAAGUGGAACUCCUGAAGUCACACCCGGUUUGCAUGGAAGGAGACCUCUGGGGAGAUGAUUCUGAGGAGAAGAGAGAAAGUCCUAUUACUCAAUCUCUUUAUGAGAGUGAAAUAAAGAGAGAAGAAGAAGAGUGUGAGCACCAAGACCUAGACAAGAGGGAUGGAAUCCAUCAAAAUCAAGAUGGCUUUGAGAAGUUUUCUGAAGAUGAAAGUAAGAGCUCGGCAUUUGCUGUUCCUGGAGAGAGUGAUGAACUUCAUGAUGUUCGGGCACCUACUAUAGCUCAACUUUUACAGGAGAAGACACUCUACUCUUUCUCAGAGUGGCCCAAGGAUCGGGUGAUCAUUAACCGUAUUGACAACAUCUGUCAUGCAAUCUUAAAGGGAAAGUGGCCUUCUUCCAGUCAAUCUUUUGACAUACCAUAUAUAAUGCCCACUCCUGCCUUAGUCAGCAGUACUUGCAAUAGGAGUGGCUAUACUGAACCAGAAGUCUCUGAAUCCAGUUUCAGCAAUGGAGUGUUAGCUACACAGCUCCCAAAGGAAACUUUUCUGGCUCCCACCUUUGUCAAAGAUGAAUCCAAGCACCGGCAAUCAUAUGAAUUUGAAAUGGAGAGAGAUGUCAAGCACCGGAGUCUUGAUCAGCUGGUAGCAUCCCACUCCCAUCCUUCAGCUGUAUUAAAUGGCUGGCGGGAUACAGUAGAUCUCUCAAGAGUGCCAGAUGGAACUUCAGCAAGCAGCACUCCGUUUUCCAUGAGCACAAAUAUACCUAAGCUAGGGACAAUGAAUGCUCUGCAGGGCUCCCUUGGCAUGGACUUGUCUGGAAUCCUUCAAGCAGGGCUUAUUCAUCCUGUCACGGGGCAGAUUGUCAAUGGAAGCUUAAGAAGAGAUGAUGCUGCUAUCAGAAGACGACGGGUAGGAGAAAAAAUGUGGAAGGGAUUGACCUGAUACUUUUGAAGGAGAGAAGCCUGCAGACAGGGCUGCCUGAAGAUGAAGGUCAGACUGUAACAAGUAAUUCUAAUUCAGAUGGGCCAGUUAUAACUACCUCAAGUCAACAGACAGUUCCAGCUACUAAUGUCCAGACAGAUAAGAUUGUUCCAAACAAGAGUCUUCUGGAUUGGCUGAGACAGCAGUCUGAUUACACCCUCGAAAUCCCUGGCUUUGGCACAAAUUUUAUAGAAAAGCCUAAACAGAGAAGGCAGCGUUGUAAAGAUCCCAGUAAGCUAGACAUAAAUUCUCUCACUGGAGAGGAACGGGUGCCUGUGGUGCACAAGGGCACAGGGCGGAGGGUGGAAGCACCUCCACUUUCCCCCUUCCCCAGCAUUAAACAACUACCAAUAUCUCCUCGGCGAAUUUCUCAGCAACAUUCUCUUUAUGUUUCACCACACAAGAAUGGUUCUUGUCUAACACCUAAGAGUGCAUUAUUAUAUAAAUUUAAUGGGAGCCCCUCUAAGAGUUUGAAGGAAAUUAACAAUAUGAUUAAACAAGAAGGACAGAGACCUAAGAAGAGAGCAAUAUCAAUUGAUAGUGACACAGACUCACCAGCUAAGAGACUUUGUCAGGAGAAUGAUGAUGUUUUACUUAAACGUCUUCAAGAUGUUGUCAGUGAAAGAGCAGACCAUUAAAUCAGCAAAGAUGCUGUGAGCACCAAAGCUUUUUUGUGACUCAAUUCUCUGUCCUUCCUAAAGUUUUUAUGUUUUGUAGGUAGACGGUUAUCAGUGUAUUAGAAUUUUAAGAUGCUCCAUUAUCAAAACAAAAUUUAUGGCAGUUAUGAAUUUUGAUUUUUAUACUC